AUGGAGAUACCAAUUGUCAUGAGGAAGGACGCCCUCUCGGCUAAUGUGCAGACGAAUCUCGUGGUCAUCCCCAAAGACAUCUACCUCCCCAUGUACGAUGCAGACUUAAUUUCAGAGCUGGAGAUAUACAAGAACCGCUAUCUAUUCGUCUUCUUGGCGCAGAAAAAGGAUGAGGAGGAGAGCAAAAGGGGAGAGACAGCAGUUAUCCGAUUCUACAUUUUGGAGCCAGAGAAGGAGGAGAGCGAGAUAAUCCUGGGGGCGAACUUUGUUUACCUCCGGGACAAGGAUGACUUUGAGCUCAGGAUGGAGCGGGCCAUACCUUACAAGAUCAUCGAUAGCUAUAUGUACUAUCACAACAUCACGAGAGAAGGCGAGCACAAGAAGACUCUCCAGGCACACUUUAAGGAGUUGUCGGCCCUUUAUCAGGAAAUAAUAGACCUGCGGAUUAAGGAGCGGGAGCUUGCUGGAGGUGCAUAG